GCAGUUUCGACCUAUAACGGUACGGUCGUCACCUCGUUAAUUGACAUACAGUGGCAAUUAGUUGUUUUCUUUCUGGUUAACAUGCUGUAAAUGAUCUUUUGCUGAGCGUCUCUGGGCUAAGUGACAUUUGAUUACAAAAUGGAUGAAAUUAAUAGAAGUCUAGUAAAUAUAUCAACAAAUGAUAAUAAAGAACUACCUGUCAUGUGGAUAAGACAGUUAAUUUCAAAGCUUAAUAUUUCUCCAGCUAUUCGAAAUGAACCUUUAUUUGAAGAAGCUGUCAAUGAGUUAGCGUUUUCAAAUCUCGAAAACUUGUCGUCCUCAGUGUAUCAGUUACGGACCGUUCGCGAUGUUCUAAAAAACAAGAUUAAAUCGUUGGCUGCAGAAAAUUACCACAUUUUUAUAGAUACCAAAGAUGCGAGUCAGAAUAUCUUGGAGAAGACUUCAGAAAUGUCAACCGCCAAUCAAGCUUUUCUAUCACAAAUUACUGAGUUUACACAAUGCUGUAGUGAUAUCCUAUUAAGGGCUCGUUUAACUGAAGUCUCUCUUCAAAAGAAUAGAAGUGCUUUAGAAAAUCAUACACAGGUAAACCUUUUUUCCAUUUUUAUUGUCAUUGAUCAUCAAGUUACUGGAAAUAAUUGAACUCCCACAGCUAAUGCAAACUUGUGUGCAUAAUGGUCAUUACGAUGACGCAAUAUCUAUUUUUGCUUAUACUAAGACGUUGUUCAGUAAAUAUGGGUCAAGGUACUCAGUUUUACGUAUGAUUUAUUCACAAGUGUCUGCUGUUGCUUCACAGUUUGUUCAUCAGUUGUAUAACCAGUUGAGAGCACCUCUAUCUCUUUCCUCGUGUAUCAAGACCGUAGUAUUUCUUCGUAGAACAGGACUAUUAAGUGAACAAGAACUGCGGUUGAAAUUUCUGCAGACACGGACAAAUUGUCUUAAGAGUCAAAUCAACUCAUCUUUAUUGGCAUGUACACCAAAGGAGUUAGCUGGAGUAGAUAAGCGGGAAAAGCUGUCAGGAUUUCUCCCUUUUAAAGAGUCUCAUGAUAAGUCGUAUUGGGUGGCUACACGACGUAUUGAAGUGACACGUGUACAUCUAUUUGACAUAGUCACACAAUAUCGAGCGGUAUUUCCAGACGAAGAUGGUAUUCUUCCACAAGGAGUGAAAAUUCAAGGAAAGUCACUACUAUCCAAAUACUCGGGGAAUCCAGUUUACUCAAUUAAUUUAUUAAAGGGAUCUAAAAAUAUGGAUUAUUAUGAAUCCAGUCCAAAUUUGUUACAUGCUUGGUUGGUUAAUCAAGUGGCAGAAUUUCUUAACAAUCUCUGUAGCGACCUCCAAACUAUGAUGUAUCAACCUAAAUGUACUCCACAAGAGCUGACAGAUCGUCUGUUAAGAGCUACUGCAACAGACUCUAACAAUUACAAAAAUAAAUCAUUUAGAAAUAUUUGUUUAGAGACUCUAUUCACUCAGGUGCAGUCAUUAAUAUCACAAUCAAUGUACUUUGGACGAUCAUUUCAUCGGAUAGGCUGUGAUUUCAGACCACAUUUGGCUAACCUUUUUUGUUACCAAAUUGAGUCAUUUAUCAAGAAUUAUAUUGACAAUAUUGUAUCGGAAUUUAAAUUUGUACUUGCUAAUUGGAUUUGGCGAAUUCCAUCUGAUGAAAAUGUCCAGAUUAAUGGAACGACUCAUGAAGAAGUAAACAAAAAUGCACUGAAUUCCUUUACAAAACUAACUAAUAUACUGCUAGAAUUUCCUCCACUAAUACUGCUUUACAAUCAUUUUGUUGAAUUAUUUCAUGGAUUAAAUAUCUGUUGUCCAACUGGUUUGAAAAACAGAAUUAUUAUUAUUGUAUCAAAUGGUUUACAUGCUUGUUCAUUAUCUAUAACAGAAAUUUAUGAUAAUUUAAAAGAACAACAAACUGAUAAUUGGUUAAAUAAUGAUGUUUAUGGUUUAGCUAAUGCAUUUUGUACAUCAUUAACUUAUUGUAUUUUGGCAAAUUUAAUUAAUUAUUUAUUUGUUGAAGAGAUUGAUAACGAUGUUCAAAUACCAAAUUGUAAUAAUAAUGAUAAUAAUAAUCCUAUGUUAUUACAUCGUCCACUUUUAUCAAGUUUAUGUCAAAUAAUUUGUACACCUAUUUAUAUAAAAUGGUCAAAUUUACAACCAUCAAUAUCAUCAAUUAAACCUGCAUUAUUAAUUAAUAGUUCCGAUAAUAAUCUUAAUCUUAUUUCAUUAACAAAUACUGAAAAGGAAACAAUAGAUUCUUUUGUGAAUAGUACUUCAAAUGUUGUUACAAUGUCAUUAGGUAAACAAGUCAGUGUAAGUGAUACAUCCGAUGAUCAUAUUGAAAUUGAUACAAUGAAUAGUUUAUCUUAGUGUGUAUAAUACUUAUUCUUUUUAUUUUAUUACAUUCUACUGUUGUUAUUUGUAUACACGACUUCAUUUAUUUUUGUAUAUUUCAAAUUAUUCUUAUCUGUAUUCAUUUUACGUUCAAUUUUUUUUAUGAGUUCGUUGUUUUGGAUUGUAUUAGCUGUGAUAAUAAAUAAUACAAACAGUUAUAGU